CGGCGGUGCUCCUCCUAUGUCUAGUCGGACCCGGAACACUGCUUUCGCGUCUCAUGGGGCAGUCCAUGGACGGGGGGGCUGUGGAGACCACUGCUUCGUCGCAGCUGUUCCAGCAGCAGCAGCAGCAGGGUGGCCAGUUCCAAGACCCAGCCAUUCUGUCCACGCACAUGGGGGCCUAUGGCGGGUGGUCUUGGUGGACACCAGCAGUAUCAGCAGCAGCAGCAGGCGAACAGGUCCGACCCCAAUGUUCUGAACAGUCUGCUGGCUCGACUCCAGCUGGGUGGUGCCUCAGCGGGUAUGGACUAUGCAGCAGCAGACCAGUCCUCUUGGUCCUGGUCUGGCUCAACAGCAUCAGCAUCAGCACCAACAUCAGCACCAACAUCAGCACCAACAUCAGCACCAACAUCAGCAUCAGCACCCACCUGGCAUGAUGCCAAUGGGCAUGAUGCAGGGUGCUGCGGGCCUUGUCUCGCCUCUGUUUGCUGGGCAGUUUGGGCAGCAGGUGGGCGGCAUGAUGGCACAUCCGCCACAGAUGAGCGUGUCGAGUGCUGGCGGCUUCGUCGACCCAGCCAUUAUGCAGGUUGGUCGCAUGAACGGAAUGAACCAGCCGGUGGCGACGGCUGUUUCAACGGGGCCAGGUGGGUCCUCCGCCUGGAAUCACGUCGCCUCUUUACGCCGAUGCCCAGCAGCAACAGCAUUCGACCAUUGUCAAUGGGCUCGGCAGCACGGCCAAGGCUGACGGCGCCAGCGGUAACGGAUUGUGAGUGUGAUCAAUAUAUGACCGUGAAUUGUAAUGGCUUCCGACUCUGACAGCUUUCCAUUCUGCGUCAUGCUGCUGGUAUUUCUGGGGAGGAUACCGCUCAAAAUGGGGGAGAUGUCCCCCGCUUGGGCAAGUAGCCUCUGUUGUGUUGAACGUAGCAAC